CAGGCGGAACUUUUGUGCAUCGGCGUCAUGCCGGCCGGAAAGUUUUCGCCGUUGCACGCGGAGCUCUAGGGCGAACUGCCACGUCUAAGAGCAGCCGGGAGACCAACUCUAGCAAUUUGGGUCAGUCCCGCCGAGGACAUUGUCGUCGCCAUGGUGUCUGUAAUUAAUACAGUGGAUACUUCCCAUGAGGACAUGAUACAUGAUGCGCAGAUGGAUUAUUAUGGCACUCGGUUGGCAACCUGCUCCUCAGACAGAUCAGUGAAAAUAUUUGAUGUCAGGAAUGGAGGACAAAUUUUGAUAGCUGACUUAAGAGGACAUGAAGGGCCAGUGUGGCAAGUUGCCUGGGCUCAUCCCAUGUACGGAAACAUCCUGGCCUCCUGUUCCUAUGACCGAAAGGUUAUCAUUUGGAAGGAAGAAAAUGGUACCUGGGAAAAGACAUAUGAAUACCCAGGACAUGAUUCUUCAGUGAAUUCUGUGUGCUGGGCACCACAAGACUAUGGAUUGAUCCUGGCUUGUGGAAGCUCGGAUGGGGCCAUUUCUCUGUUGAGCUACACUGGCGAUGGACAGUGGGAAGUGAAAAAAAUUGGCAAUGCGCACACAAUUGGCUGCAAUGCUGUUAGUUGGGCCCCUGCAGUUGUCCCAGGAAGCCUUUUAGAGCAGCCGUCAGGCCAAAAGCCAAACUACAUCAAACGCUUUGCAUCGGGGGGCUGCGAUAAUCUCAUCAAGAUUUGGAAAGAAGAAGACGGCCAGUGGAAAGAAGAACAAAAACUAGAAGCUCACAGUGACUGGGUCAGAGAUGUGGCCUGGGCUCCCUCCAUAGGCUUGCCAACAAGCACUAUUGCCAGUUGCUCCCAGGAUGGCAGAGUGUUUAUCUGGACAUGUGAUGAUGCCUCUGGAAAUUCAUGGUCACCCAAACUGCUGCAUAAGUUCAAUGAUGUUGUUUGGCAUGUUAGCUGGUCGAUCACUGCAAAUAUUCUUGCAGUAUCAGGAGGAGACAACAAAGUAACAUUGUGGAAGGAAUCUGUCGAUGGACAGUGGGCAUGCAUCAGUGAUGUUAACAAGGGCCAAGGAGCAGUAUCUGCUAUUACAGAGGGACAGCAGAAUGAACAGUGACACUUUGGCUUGCCAGCAAUCUGGAAUUAUCCAUACAAGGAAAUAAACAUGAUUUUUACUACUUUUCUUAUUAAACCAGUUGGUAAACCAGAUCUGUCUUAUUGGGAUAUUCAGUAAAAAUGUAUUUUCUGUGGAACAUUCUGUAGCUCUUUUGGGUAAAAUUACAUGCCUUGGGAUGCAUUCUUAGCCUUAAUUGCCCCUUUGUAACAUUAAAGGCAGUCUGCACCGAAAGCCAUACUUGGCAUAUCAUUGCCUUGAAUGAGAGUAUUUUUCUCCAAGUUGUCCCUGUUCAGAAGAGAUGUUUCAGUGACUCAAUAUUUCUCCGUCAGGAUGAUUUGCUUUACUAGCUACAUUGUCUUUGACAUCCAAAGGCUAGUCACGUUUUUCUGUUCAGCAAAAGAGGAAACUACUAUAUUCAAAUAUUUGAUAGAAAAUAAUUUCAGCAUAAGGUGAAAAGGAGGCUGGAGGAAGCUAUCUUUUGUCUCGAGCUUCCUUUAAUAAAUAUUUGGUUGAAACUAUAAAUACAAAAUCUGACCUCCAAUUUAAUAAACUUGUUAAGCCAC